GUUGCAGGUAUCAUUCAAAGCGACGUUACUUCCGCGUGAGGCGCUCGUUUAGCGAAAACUCCGUGAUGGCAAAUGUGUGUCCGAAAAUUAAGCUCAACGAUGGGAACGAGCUCCCCGUGCUCGGUCUUGGAACUUGGAUGGUUGGACCAGGUGAAGUAUAUGAUGCUGUGUGUCACGCUAUAGAUAUCGGCUACCGUCAUUUAGACUGUGCACUUGCCUACGAAAACGAGGAUGGUAUUGGUAGGGCGAUUGCGGAUAAAAUCAAACAGGGAGUUCUGAGCAGAGACGAUUUGUUUGUGACAAGCAAGAACUGGAAUACCUAUCGAUCCUCAGAGGAAAAGGUGCUCGAAGGUUUCCAAAAGACAAUGACAGAUUUGAAGCUCAAAUACUUGGACCUGUACCUAAUUCAUUGGCCGUUCAGCUGGAAAGAGGAUGGAGAAAUCUUUCCUAAAGAUGAUAAGGGCGGCUUCUACACAACAGAUGCUGACUUCAUGAUAGCUUGGAAGGCAAUGGAAAAGCUUCAAAAAGCCGGCAAGGUCCGCAGUAUCGGCGUGUCGAACUUCAACAGUGAGCAGAUUAGCCGAGUCCUUGCUGAAGGCUCGGUAAAACCGGUUACUAACCAGGUAGAAAGUCAUACGUACCUGCAACAGGAAAAGCUUCGCGCAUUUUGUGCUGAACAUAAUAUUGUCAUCACAGCGUACUCUCCACUUGGUUCACCCUACAAGCCAUUUGCCUUGGAUGGGCCCAUUCCAAUAAAGCACCCAGCGUUAAUCGAUAUUGGCAAAACACACGGGAAGAGCCCGGCCCAGGUAAUGCUCCGGUUCCAGCUGCAGCGUGGUAUAGUUGUCAUACCAAAAUCAACAAAUUAUGAACGAAUGAGGGAAAAUUUUCAGUUAUUCGAUUUUGAAUUAACGCAGAGCGAAAUGAAUACGAUCAAGAAACUAGACAAAGCCUACAGAUUUGUAUCGAUGGAUGCCAUGAAAUGUCAUAAGUAUUUUCCCUUUGGUAUUGAAUUUUAAUUUUGACGACUGUUCUAUUGUCAUCGUAUUCAAUAAAGCUGUGU